AUGGCUGCCACCGGAAUACUCUCCAUCACGCUCUACGGCAUUCUGGUGACCGAGGAAAGCUUUCUCAAGGGUUUUCGUACUUAUUCAAAAACACAGCACGAGCGCAAACUCGUUACGCUUGUCGCUGGAGAAAAGGUGCCACCCGAGCUCCUGGAACUGAUGCACGAGGCAGUCCAGGAACAAGCCCGUGCAAUCAUCAACAAGAAAUGGGAUGCUUGCAACUCUAAUGAUGAGAGAUUGAGCAAGUUUUCAUACGAUGACUUAAAGAAUGAACAAGGCGCAGUUCGAGUCCAUAUCGGUGAGCGAGCCGUGGACGCGACUGUAGUCGCCGCCAAAGCGCCCCAAAAUCUCGCCACGCCUAACGAUGUCCACGAUGGUAUCACUCGCUAUGUACAUCUCUCGAUACCAGGCCAAGCUAUACAGCCCGUCAACUUUCCAGAGCAAACUCUUGUACCGCAUACCCGGUACCCGACCGCUUCUGGCAGCAUUUGGGAAGUGGGCCCGGAAGCCUGUGUGGCCACGUCUCGCGCAAGCACGACAUCAGGACCACAAUUGCACACGGAUUUUUUCUUUCGCUUGCUAGAGUCGGAGGAAGAAGAAGAGGAGGAAAUCUGCGUCAGUCGCCUCCUGCGAUUGAAGAAUGUGAAGGCGGCGAUCAAGAAUUGGGACGCACGUCUGAUCAAGAAGCUGGUUGAAGCACUUGACCUUGAGGUGGUGCCUUUCGAUGCCGAUGAGCCAUUCGAGCCGGAACUUCUGCAGUACCAGUGCCUGGCAACAUGUUGGAGAUAA